GUUGCACAAAACAAUGUCCUGCGGAGCGGGAAGAUGCAUUGGAUCCCCCUCGGCUUGAGCGUUACUGAUGCUUUCUGGUCUUCUCUGGCUUUGUGUUUCUUUGUAGCUUUCUGCGCUCAUAAAGUCUCACCGCAGCUGCCGAGAAAAUAUGAAACAUGUCGCCUUUACGUGUUAUUUCAGGAUCUUAUUCGGUACGGAAAAACCAAACAAAACCUCAAACGAGACGACUGGCUGCGUGUGUUUGACGUCCCUAAAAGGUGGUUCUGGCACUUUUAUGCCAUCUCUGUUGGCUGGAAUGGUCUCCUUCUGGCCUUGUACCUGAACUUCACACUUAAGCAUCAGCCAUACCCAUCAUGGCUGACUGGCAUGUUAGACAUUUUGACAGGUUUACCAAGCACUGACAGUCAAGUCCCACAGCUGUCUACUGUCCUGGUGCAGCUGCUGCUCUGCGUCCACUCCCUCAGAAGGCUGCUGGAGUGCCUGUUUGUCAGUGUUUUCUCUGAUGGAGCCAUACAUUUGGUGCAGUAUGUGUUCGGAGUGGGGUAUUAUGUCGUGCUGGGGUUGACGGUGCUCUGCUCGGAUCGCCUGGGAAAAGGGACUGGAAGUCUCCUCUCUCAGCUGGACUGGUUUCACGUGGCUGGAAAUGCACUUUUCAUCUGGGCCUCAAUGAUGCAGCAUCAGUCCAUGGUCCUGCUGGCCAGGCUUCGCACUGGAAAGUCUGGGACAGUGGAAACGCUGGCUCACAGAGUGCCAGAGGGAGGCUGGUUCGAGCUGGUGUCAUGCCCGCAUUACUUUGCUGAGCUGCUGAUCUACAUCUCGCUGAGCUUGGUUUUUGGAGGCCUGUCUCUGACAUGGUGGCUUGUUGUCCUUUAUGUGCUCUUCAACCAGGCGCUGGCAGCACAGCUUUGUCACGACUUUUAUAUUAGCAAAUAUGAGUCAUACCCGAAGCAUAGAAACGCAUUCAUACCUUUUGUGCUAUGAAUAGCUUUAAGUUUUAAUUCCUUAAUGGGAACUGUUAAGUCCUCGCAAAAUGUCAGAGAUGUCUGAGGACUGACAAGGUGUGUGAGUAAAACUCACCUCUCUGUCAGCAUCGAUUGACAAGGUGCUCUCGACCAAGUGAAGCUCCUCCAUAGCUUCAACAGAGCAACACUGAUCGUGGUUGACAGUGUGGAUGUGAGGCAUGGCAGUGCACUAGAAACACUCUUCCACUGCAAAGGUCUGUGCAGGUGAGAGGUGAGUUGUUUCUUGCAGACUGAUCAUGUGAGGAAAUGAGGAAUGUCUCCACAAAUCACAAUAUGGUUUUUGUUAUAAUAAGGUACAUUCAUGUAAUAAGGACACAUUUUUCUAUAACACCACACAAAUGUAUCACGUUAAUAAAAUUUAAGGAAGUUUAAAAAGUUUCUUUAAUAAAGUAAAAAGAGAAAUCAA